CGGUCCUGCAGAGGGGAGAGCAAAUGAGUUCCUAUUUUGUGAAUCCCACUUUCCCUGGGAGCCUGCCUAAUGGCCAGGACUCUUUUCUCGGGCAAAUCCCCCUUUAUCCAGCUGGCUAUGAUACUCUGAGGCAUUUCCCAGCUUCUUAUGGGGCAACAAGCCUGCAGGACAAGACCUACACCUCACCUUGUUUUUAUCAACAGUCCAACACGGUCAUUACUUGCAAUCGGGCAUCCUAUGAGUAUGGAGCCUCUUGUUUUUAUUCUGACAAGGACAUAAGUAGCGCCUCUCCCUCCGGCAGUGGCAAGCAGAGGGGACACGGGGACUAUCUGCACUUUUCUCCUGAUCAACCAUACAAAUCCGACAGUGUGCAAAGCAAAAUUUUAAAUGAGGAAGGCAGCGACCGGAAGUACACGAGCCCUGUUUAUCCCUGGAUGCAGCGGAUGAACUCCUGCGCUGGUACAGUGUAUGGAACACAUGGGAGACGGGGGAGGCAAACUUACACCAGAUACCAAACGCUAGAGUUAGAAAAGGAAUUUCAUUCUAACAGAUACUUAACCAGAAGACGACGGAUUGAGAUUGCAAACGCUCUCUGCCUUACUGAACGACAAAUUAAAAUAUGGUUUCAAAACAGGCGAAUGAAAUGGAAAAAGGAAAACAAACUCAUACAUUCCACACAGCCCAGCAGCGAAGAAACAGAGGAAAAGUCAGGGGAGUAAAGUUAUGCUUAAUAAAAGUUACCAGGCCUUUUCCUUUUUAGCGCUUUUUUUUUCUUGUGUUCCUUCUGCUACUAAAAUCCUAUAGGUUUUUCACAGUCUGUUGACUCCCAAAGGCUUGAUUAAAAUAUAUACAUUUGCAAUCAACUGUGAAUUUAUUUAAAAAUAGAAGUAUUUGAUUUACAGCUAUGUAGUGUUUAUGGUCACCUUUUCAAAGCCUAGAGAACCUUGCUUAAAAUAAUUCAGAAAAAAACCCAGAUUGUAAGUAUAAAUAUUUUAAAUUGAGCAUCUAUGUCUGUAUGAAUGUCUCUGAUACGACAGUAUGGCUGUAGGCAGCAGAGAAGUGAGUAGAUUUUUGUAAUUGGAAACGUUCAUAUUGUGGAAUAACGCCUGAUUUAGAAAAUCCUGGUUUUCUGUCUUUACUAAUCCUGGGCGUCUUGUUCUACUGUGUUUGGGAUUUUAGGGUCUCUAUAAAAAAAAGUUUUACACGUGUAUAAGAGAUUUAAUUAGCACAGAGAAGAUCACGGCAUUUUAAAAAAAAUCGAUUUACUAUUAACUUCCAUGAAAAUCGAGGAUGAAUUGCAGGGAGAUUUUAAAACGCCCAGAGCUGAUUCCACUAAAUUGAACAAAAUCUGCGCUAGUAUUAAAGAAAAAACUAUGCGUUGAACUUUAGAACGGGGAAAGAAAAGGUUUUGAGGCGGGCAGAUUUCUGCGGCUCCUGUCGUGGCGCUGAUAGUAAAGAAAGCUUUCAUUGAGCAACGAGGGGGUUUUAAUCAUGCAGUACGAUUGUGCUAGUUUCAAAAAAUUCAAAAUCAAUGGUCUGUAAUGGUAAAUCGUGGCUCUUCUUUCUAUCUUCAUUUACUUUCGAAAUUCCUAGCACAGAAGACUAAAUAGAUAAUAGAUAGAAACUAGCUUCUAAAAUGAUUCCAAAUAGAGUUCUCUUUCACUGAGUAAAAUACUUGCAGUCAAAAUAUUUACUAAUAGAUACGUAUUUGUGUGUGUGAAUGUGUGUACAGUACACACAAAGACCCCUUUAUUCGGAAGGAGAAGCAAUUUGGGCUACCGCUCUGAAUAGUCCCAAAUUGCGAAAAUAUUAAUGUCAAAUGACCGCCACAACACUAUAUUUAUCUGAAAAAAAGACGCCGACCAUAAAAUUAUAUAGAAUUUGAUCCCAGCUGGAAAACUACUAUACAGUAUUUAUUUUUAAUAGGUACCUGGCUUUUAAUAUCGGCAGUGCAGCUUUUCUUUAGCGCCUGCAAAACAGGACUGUAAUUGUUGCCAGUGUGUGAGGAUUUAUAUUUUUCAGUAGGUUUAAAUAAGCAUCACUCUAAAAAGAGAUCGAAGUUAUUUCUGUAUUUAAAAAUCUAUAGCAGGACA